AGUGGUGACAUCAAUAUUAGCAGUGCAGUCAGUGAGCCCACGGACUAGACUUCGCUGGUCAGAGAUGGCGUCCCUUCUGCAGCCAGAUAGAGUUAUUUAUCUGGUUCGUGGGGAGAAAAAGAUCAGAGCCCCUAUAUCUCAACUUUAUUUCUGUCGCUAUUGUAGUGAGCUACGAUCUCUGGAAUGUGUGUCUCACGAGGUGGACUCCCAUUAUUGUCCAAGCUGUCUGGAGAACAUGCCAUCUGCAGAGGCUAAGCUUAAAAAGAACAGGUGUGCAAAUUGUUUUGACUGCCCAUGUUGCAUGCACACUCUGUCUACUCGGGCCACCAACAUCCCAGCUCCUCUGCCUGAUGAUCCCACCAAGACGGCCAUGAAGAAGGCCUACUACCUGGCCUGCGGCUUCUGUCGCUGGACCUCCAGGGAUGUGGGAAUGGCUGACAAAUCAGUAGCCAGCGGUGGUUGGCAGGAGCCAGAGAACCCUCAUACUCAGCGGAUCAACAAGCUGAUCGAGUAUUACCAGCAGCUGGCCCACAGAGAGAAGCAGGAGAGAGACAGGAAGAAGCUGGCCAGGAGACGACAGUGCAUGCCUCUGGCUUUCUCGCAACACACAAUUCAUGUGGUGGAAAAAUAUGGCCUUGGAACCAGACUGCAGAGGCAGAGGUCUGGAGCCCCUAUAUCAAACCUGGCUGGCCUUUCCCUUAAAGAGGGUGAGGACCAGAAGGAGAUCACCAUCGAACCUGCCCAGGCCCUUGAUGAAGUGGAACCCCUGCCUGAAGAUUGUUAUACCGGGCCCAUCAGCUUACCAGAGGUGACCACGCUGCGCCAGCGGCUUCUGCAGCCUGACUUCCAGCCUGCAGGGGCGUCUCAGCUCCACCCCAGACACAAACACCUCCUGAUGAAGCGCUCACUGCGCUGCAGGAAAUGUGAGCACAACUUGAGCAAGCCAGAGUUUAAUCCCACUUCAAUCAAGUUUAAAAUUCAGCUGGUGGCUGUGAGUUACAUCCCUGAAGUGAGAAUUAUGUCCAUUCCAAAUCUUCGGUACAUGAAGGAGAGCCAAGUGCUGCUGACUCUGACCAACCCAGUGGAGAACGUCACCCACGUCACACUGACUUCUUGUGAGGAGGAAGAUCCUGAUGACAUCAACAGCACUGCCAAGAUUAUAGUACCCAGCAAGGAACUGGUGUUGGCAGGAAAGGAUGCUGCUGCUGAGUACGAUGAACUGGCUGAACCCCAGGACUUCCAGGAUGACCCAGAUGUUGUUGCCUUCAGGAAAUCCAACAAGAUUGGUUUCUUCAUCAAAGUGAUCCCUCAGAAAGAAGAGGAUGCCGAUGUCACAGUUUCAUUUAAGAUCCGACACGACUUCCGCAACCUUGCAGCUCCCGUCAGGCCAAGUGAGGAGGGAGCCGACACCACCACUGAGGCCAUUUGGCUCACGCACCAUGUAGAGCUGAGGCUGGGACCACUGGCUCCAUGAACAUGAAAACUCUGUUUACCAUCAAACAGUCCAAGUGUUGGGUUCUUUGAACUAAUUUCUUUAAACUGUGGAAUUAAUUUAAUUUACAAAUGAUUUCUGAUUCUGCUUAUUGAUAUGUAAGAACUAUUUGAGAUCUACUUGGCAUACAGCUCUUUCUAAAGUUACAUCAUCAGAUACAUUGUGGAACAUACAGUGAUUGCAUGAUAGCCCAGUUUAUAAAACUAUAUCAAACCAAGUGCAUCAGGUUUAACUUCACUUAAUGAUUUUUUUAAAAAUUAGUUUGUUUUAAUGUUGCUAAAUGCAGUAUCCAUAUAUACCACGAUAUACUGUAUUUCACCGCAUCAUCCUCCUCAGCUUAAACACCAUACCAUCUAUCAGUAAAAAGCACUUUUAGUGUGAGGUUACUUUUAGGAAACAGAACCAUAUAUAUAAAAUUACUUAUUGAAAAAUGUUAAGUUUUGUUUUGUUUAGAAAUGGGACCUGUCACAGUUGUGCAUACAGUAUUUUCUUAAAUGGCAAAGCAACUAUAACCUCCCAGCCUCUGUCUCCACACUUUAAGUAUGUUUUGUCUUAUUAAAUGUAUUAGCUGUGGUUUUUUUGUGUGGAAUAUUGGUCUUUAAAAAUUUAAUAUAACAAGAUGAUAGAAACGGUAGAGAAUAAAUGACUGAAGUCGAUGAGCAGAAUCAAAAAUCAUAAUUGAGAACAAUCCGAACAAUUCCCAACUGUGCAGCACACACCUCUGUGCUUUUAGCGUAUGCAUCCUUGUCAACAUCCUUUUCUGCAGACAAUAGUAUCAUAUUAACUCGCAUGCUUCAACUGUAGUAAAUAUCGCACACGUUAGACAAUGUCAUCUAGUUACUGAUCCUGUAGUUUUCUUAUCAGAAAGGUUCUUCUUGGGUUGAAGGUGAUACCUCCCCAUAAUUCUACUAUUGUCUGAAGUCAAACCUUCACUGGCACUAUGGAGAGGAUAUAUAAGAAGCUCUGUAAAUUACAUGAAAUACAAAGUGUUCAUCAUUUACAUGUACUGAGACACUAUAAUUUUUUGUCUGAUUUAAUGUGUUUGUAGAAUUCACCGACUUGUCUGUCGGUGUAUAUCGUAAGCUGCUGUCAUUGUUGGUUUCAAGUGUGUUAGUAAAACAGAGCCUUACAACAAACACAGUUAAUCCUCUGUACCGGCUAAUAAAAUAAUGUGACACUGUAA